GAAUCCAAAGGUAACGUUAUUCUGAUUAUAUUCACGUUCUGUAACAGUCCCACGUAAUGAAGUUCAGUAACAGCUCCAAAUCAGAUGAAGAACAAUCUCUGAAUUGUUAAAUUAAUAUUGUAACACCAGAAUGCAGUGGGUUAGUUGAAUAAGGUGAUAGCCUUCGACGACGCUUGUUUCAUCGUUCAACAAGUUUAGUAGUAUGUUCAAUGUCAUUGGAAAUAUCUGAGUUUUGAGUAAGCGAACAGCUAUUGAAUAUAUGGAAUAGACUGAGUGAAUCCAUUUUUUAUGAGGAAAAUAACGAAAUAUGUCGAGGGUACACAAGAACCAUUACAUUGCAUCACCUAGGGUGGACCAUUCUAGGAUAUCUCCUCAUUUGUCAAGAAAUUAUGAAUUUUCGGAUGGGGAAGAGAGUCAACGAGCUAAUACAGACUAUGCAUCCAUGCCUUACAGCCUUCAACAUGAAAUGAGGGAUGAGUCCAGAUAUGAAAAAGAUAGCGGAUAUAACUAUAUUCCUCCCGCACAUUCAUACACAAAUAGAGAUAGAGAAAGUAGUUACGACGCAGGAUCUGAUAUUUAUGUAACAAGUGGAGCCUACAAGACAGCCUCUGAAAUUAGUUCUAGAUAUCAUCCACCAAGUGAGUAUUCACUGCCAAGUAUCAGGGCCCCAUCUGGAGUGAGCUAUGAUAGAAGAAGUCAUAGAUCAGCGGGUGUUAAGCUGGAAGCAUACACAGCACCGAAUCCACUUUGUCCAAACACGAGGGGACUGUGUUGUCUGAUGUUGCUUUUCAAUCUUGCCAUAAUAUUGGUUACAUUAGGAUUUGUUAUUGUUAUUCAAUUCCAUGAUCCCACCAUAGUAUGGAUUCUGGGCAUCAUCUUCGUUAUAUUCGGAUGCCUUACUCUCAUUGGCAGUCUGAUAUUUUGUGUGACAAUAUUCAGAGAAGCGAAGCACCCAAACGAAGUAGACGGUAUUUAUUGGACUAAUCAUUGGCAAAAGAAGUUCGGAACAGUUCCUCCUUAGGUGAUCUUAUGGAAUGGAUGGGAUUGAAAGAAAAGAAUAAACGCACUAAACGCAGAAUCAACAGCGAACCUUGUAUAUAAACUAACGGACAAAUAUAUGUUGAGAAUGUAUAGGAACUAAUAACGACAUAGAAUAUUUCUACGGAUGCUGAAGUAGCUUACCGAGAUUAUUUGAAAAUGACGAGUUCAAUCUUUUGUUCACGAAGAUUAAUAAUGCCAUACCUUUUCUUGAACCUACUGAUGUGUUGGUAUUAACGCGUUCGAAUUGUGACAGCGUUUAAGAAGUAGAAUGAAGAUUAAAACGACGUAAACAUAAGAAAUGAAUACCUACCCAUGUUGUAACAAAAAUAUAUUUUUUGAUGGAA